GGACCGGGGACUUAUACCUAAUUCCUUGGUAGAACAUUGGACGAUACAGCCAUCAAGAGAGGCUCUCAGUGACUUCAUAGUUCAGCAAACAAACAACAGUGACAUGCUUUUGAAUCUCCACGCAGCCCAGUAGCAGAUCUCCAUAAUAUAUUUCACUGCCAGUCUGAACCUAUACUUGGAGGUGAUACAGGACGAAGUCACAGAUCAUGCAGAUCGUUAUCAUUGGAGUUUCUGGAUGUGGAAAAACAUCAGUUGGACAGGCACUGGCCAAGAAGUUAAAUCUGCCAUUCCGUGAUGCUGACGAAUUCCACUCUGUAGCCAACAAGGAGAAGAUGUCUCGAGGACAACCACUGACAGACGAGGACAGAAUUCCCUGGUUGUUAGCCAUACAUAAGCACAUGCAGAAAUUAGACUCCCAAAAUAAAGAUGGAGUUGUCACUUGUUCUGGGCUCAAGAAAAUGUAUCGGCAGGUUUUACUAGAAGGCACUGCUACAGAUGAUCCUAAUUCCCACUCUUUACCAAAGAAAAAUAUGAAUAAAUCAUCCGUGUUAUUUGUACUCUUGCAUGGUAAGGAGGAGGUACUACAAUCUAGAAUGAACUCGAGAAAGGAUCAUUUCAUGCCUUCAUCACUUCUCCCCUCCCAACUGGCCACAUUAGAACACCCAGACGAAACAGAACACUUCAUUAUUGUUGAUAUAGACAACAGUGUUGAUGACAUUGUGAGUCAGAUCAUCAAGGUCAUUCAAGCAUCUUAACGACAGAGGAUGUUUAGUUACUUCAAAUGUAGACAGAAAUGUUGAUGAUACAAGUCAACUCAAAGUUCACAAGGUUAUCAACUGAUGUCACUGGUUCCAUUCUAUUCAUUGGUGUGUUAAUCAGACCAUCAAGGUUAUUCCAGUACCUUGACAAAGUGUAACACUUGUAUAUAUGCUUUACUCGGGUAUUAAAAUAAAAUAUAAAUGAUUGGAUAAUAAAAUUGUUAUAACU